CCACAACCAGAGGUAUGAUCAUAUCCACACAGGUAUGUUAAGGUAKGAUCAUACGCACCAUUACUACUAGUGACCAUUUCUCGUCCUUCCGUCGACUCACUUCAGAAUUCGUGCCAUCACCGUCAUCAAUAUUUUUUGGGAAAACAAAAGAAAAAUUCAAACAUCGUUCCAAAAUCUCGAAUCAUCGUUCUCGUUCUCUCUCAGCAUCAUGACCGCGGUACUCGUACGAGUAACACCGGUAGUGUCGAAUAGCUACGAUACUGCACAUCCGAUAGUCCUUGGAACGAACCGACCUGUCAACAUUAGAGAGCCUGAGCAAACAGAGGAGGGACAACAGAAUGGAGGAUUCCAAAAUGGAGGACGCUCCCGCAGCUGUUGGUUCGAUGGACAGAAAACCGGACGAAGCUCCGGCAGCUGAUGUCACCGAGUCUUUCCCUGAUCAGAAAAGAAAAACAGAUGAUUCAGAAAACAAUACCAAAGCAGAGGUUCAAGAAAUGCUGCUGCUGAAACCAUAUUUCGAAUCAAAGGGUGUUUCRAAAGACGACAUUCAAACGACGAUUCGUGUGCUUGCCGCCAUUACGGACCUGUCCUCCUCUUCCAGGAAAGACAGCACCAGUAAGCACAGCCGCAUGCGCGACUAUCAUCCAAGUUCCAAAAAGCGCAAAAUAAGCAGCGGGGAAGACGACAACAAURCUACUGCURCYGUCGAAGAAAAGAAAGAAGACGAAAACGAUGCCACCGAGGAAAAAGAAACAAAAUCCAAUAGUGGCAACCCCGAAUCUCCACCGCUAUCUCUCCUGCUCAACGAGUAUCGAACGGUGAAGGAGCUCCGCCCCUUUCGGAAGGCCCUCAUGCAGUGCUAUGCUAAGAUUGUCAAGCCGACACUCUUCGAUGGACACUCGUCCCUUGGUAACUACCAAAAGCACAAGGAGAAUCUGAGCCUGUCCAAGAAACGAAAAAUGGCAGAGAACCACCAGCAGCGCAAGCACCUCGCCAAUACAAUGCUUCGGAAAGGGCGCAUCGACAAACUCAACGCCAAAUUGGAAGAGGGGAAGGACGAGGAGCAAACGAAACUGCAGGCGAGGAUGAUGAUCCCCGAUGGCCACGUGGAUACGGAUACUACUACGACAACCCUGGCAAUCGAGAACGGAAGCUGCAACAAMCCACCAUCCAAAAACGAUGCAUCGGGCCAAUCACGGGCCACCGAUGCGAAAUGCUCCACUCCCCCGGAGGUGGAAACCGUGGACGAGAGCGGAGAGGCAUCUGACGGGAAGGCAAACGCAGCUACUCACGCUGGCAAUGCCACAGAGCUCCCCAAGCUCCGGUCUUGCUAUGUCUGCAAGUCCCGCUUCCGGAUCCUCCACCACUUUUACGACCAGCUGUGCCCGACCUGCGCCGACACCAACUGGACCAAUCGGCACAAGACCCGCGACUUGACCGGAAAGGUUGCGGUCGURACGGGAUCGCGUGUCAAGAUAGGCUACCAGACCUGCCUCAAGCUGCUGCGGGCGGGGUGUUUCGUGAUCGCCACUACCCGCUUCCCCAAUGCAGCGGCUGCAUCCUAUAGGGYCGAGCCCGAUUUCGAGUCGUGGAAGGACAACCUCGAGAUAUACGGACUCGACCURCGCGACGUGACCGGCCUGGAGCUUUUUUGUCGGUACCUCCAGCACAAGCUGGGCAUCUCGAGCAGCGCCGAUGGCGACAACGGCAACAGUGGCUGUGGUUUGGACAUUCUCAUCAACAACGCUUGCCAAACGAUUCGGCGACCCACGGCCUACUACCUUCCGGCUUGCCAGAGAGAACAGGAAUUGUGGAAAUCGUCCGAUCCCACCCACAAGGCCUUGCUGAAGGGAUGCAUGGAAUACGAGAAAUUGCGCAGGAGGCUACACCUCACAAACAACAACCACCAUUCGGCGGCGUCGUCAUCGUCGUCGUCGGGGAUAGCGGCGCCCAUGAUGCUGGGGGGGACGGACCACGAGGCAACGGCUGGCACAACAGCAAUUUCGGGAACGUAUGGUACUACGAGUGCUGUUCCCGAGUCCAAUGGCAACACAGGGAAUGAGUCUCCGAAUGCCACAAACACAACRAUAACAACUUCUGCUACGUCUGCUGUGGCCACAACCUCCAGCAGCCCRAACAGCAAUCCGUUUGAGUCUACCGGCAUGAGCCACUCGGCGGCAGCCUCGCAAAUGAUUAUCUGUCCGGAGGACGUUGGUGUGGACGAGUCGGUCCUCCCCAAAGGCCUGAGCGACAUCAACGGGCAGCAGCUCGACCUGCGAAAAACCAACUCUUGGUUGCUCAAGAUGGACCAGGUGUCGACCCCCGAGCUAAUGGAAUGCAUGUUCGUCAACGCCAUUGCCCCCUUUGUGCUGAACUCCAGGCUCCAACCCCUUCUGGUGCAUCGCGGCAAAAACAAAAACAACAACGCCACUGUGCCCAACCGGUAUAUUGUCAAUGUWUCCGCCAUGGAGGGCAAGUUCUAUCGGUACAAGAUGGCCAACCACCCGCACACCAACAUGGCCAAGUCCGCCCUGAACAUGAUGACACGGACCGCGGCGGAGGACCUGGCCAGAAACCACUCGGUCUACAUGAACAGCAUCGACACGGGGUGGAUCAACGACGAAAACCCUCUCGAAAAAGCGGCCAAGACCGCCAAGGUCAACAACUUCCAGACGCCGAUCGAUGAGAUCGAUGCCGCCGCCCGGAUCCUCGAUCCGAUCUUGUCGGAUUCGAAGGUGUACGGAAAAUUUCUGAAGGACUACCGCGAAACCGAAUGGUAGGACGGAGCGGUACCGUAUGCGAAUCCAUCUGCGCAUCGAUCCGUCCGUGUGUAGAAAAAGCCACGCUGGCUAUCGAUCGUAGGUGCAAUGCAUCUACGAAUGAACAACUACCGGAYCA